AAUUAAUUUCCCAAAUGCUGACCGUUCAGCUGUCUUUACCAGAGACUUUUGGGACACAGUUGGAAUUAAGCUCUUUAAUAGUAUUUCCCGCCGAGAUAUGGCUGCCGCGGAGCUAGUCCCAGCUUGCAGGGCGCUGGUUGAGCUGUUUGCUGCACGGGGGAUGCCCGCAGCAGUCGCCCCGCCAAGCUCUGGUCCCGCUGCGAGUCCGCCCCUUGCCGCCGCGAGUCUAGAACAGGACACGACCCCCACCUCCCCGUCGGACCCUUCGGCUCCGGUACCCGCGGUCUUGCUCACCCCUGCCUCCCCGCCCCCCGCCCUCGCAGUUCCAACACCCGUCCACCCAGCCCCUCCCACCGUCCCCGCCUUUGCCAUCCCGUUGGUCCCGGCUACCGCGGUCCCCGCCCCCGGUUUCGCCAUCCUCGCGGCCCCGCCCCCUAACCCCGCCUCUACGAGCCCGCCCACCAGCGUCACCGCGGCCCCACCCCUCCCUGCCCCCGCUGGGCCCGCCGCCUCCCCCCAACUACCUGCGAGUACAGCCGCUCCUCCCGCCCCCCAAGUCCCCUUCGCCCCUGCCAACCCAGCGCCGGUGGUGGUCCAAGCCCCGUCCGCCUCCGCCGCGGCCGCGCUGGCGUCCCCAGCACCCCUUCUGCACGUUACCGCGGGAACCCUGCCCCCCUAUCCUGCCAUUGAAGCGCAUGCAGCACACCCCGAGCUGCCCACGGUCCCCGCGGCAGAGCAGACGCCUAUGGCUGACCCCGUCCCUGCCGGCGUCUCGGCGCAAUCCUCCAGUCCCAGCGCAGCGCCGCUUGCGCUGGGACCGGGGCGCCCCAGUCCCGCAAGCCGUCCCGCACCGGCGCCGCGGCGGCUAAACCGGUGGCUGCAGCCCCUCCCGUGCCUGCCGCCGCUCCAGCCCAGCCUCCCGUCAGCGGCGCCCCUGCCCGCCGGGGCGGCAGCCACCCCAGCCCAGCUUACGAGCUCCCAGCGGAUGCACGCCGCGGUCCAGCCACCGACUAGCCCACCGCUCGCCAUGCCCCCCCCGCAGCAGAUUCCCGCCGCCUCCAUGCCGCUCCUCCUGCCUCCCGCCACCCCGGGAUCAUCGCCCGCUGACGAGGCUGCCCCGCCGCCGCCCGUGGCCGCCUUCCCGCUCCUGCCGCCGCCGCUCGCCACCGCGGCCCCGAGCCAAGCCGUGCCUUCCCCACCGCAGCCUCCCGCUUCCGAGCUACUGCAUGGCGCGGCUCCGCCGCCUACUGCAACCACUGACAGCCCAUCGUUCCCUUCCACGACCGCAGCUGCAGCCCUGUCUCCCGUUUCCGCCGCUCUACCACCUCCCGCACUCCCCGGCCCGCCCGCCACCGCCAUCAUGCCUCCCCACGCUGACCUAGUGACGCAACGCACGCAUGCGCAGUUGCUACAACCGCCGCACCAGCAAUAUCACUCCGCGCCGCCUCAUCCAACCACAGCGCUGCUUCCGGGAUCAGCCACACUCAACAGUUCCAUCUCCACGGCCCCGCCGCCGCCGGAUCUACACACGGCACCACAGCAGACUGUUACUGCAGCGCCUUGCUUGUAUCCUUCCGCGUCGCUCCCUCUGCCGGACCUUGAGGACGCGGCCACAGCCACAUCACUGACAGAUCCCUCCGCAGCUCGCAACCCUGCACAACCGAUGCCUAAUAUGCCUCCGCUGCCACCUCCUGCACCUCCGCCGCCGCAUCCCGCAGCCGACCAAAGCAGCACCGAAUCACGACCGCAUCUCCUCGAACACCCAACUGCGUAUUCUCCUUCCACUCUCCCAGCACCGAGUGGGACUACCUUGUAUCACGAUUCGUCCGCACAGCCACAUCCAUGCACACAAACCGUGCAACGAGGAGGGGGAGGGUGGAAUAUGACAGCUGCUUUAAUAAAUCCAGAACAGACAGAAAAUUAUUUUGCCCCUGCAAAUGUCAACCCUCUGAUCCCAACACAAAAGAAUUUCGAAAAAGAACUGUUCCCAAAUAGCUCCAAAGUCCCCCCAGUGCUUGGGACCGAUUUCUCAAAGCAAAAUGAGACACUAAACCCUGAAAAUCUGCUAGCAUUAAUCCAAAAAUUAGAAAACUCACAAAAAUCUUUUGAUAAUUUUCAACUAACAGACUGGCAUGAAGUCAGACGCCAGAUUUGCAAAGAAGAAAGUCUAAAUCCUUUAGCUAUGCCUGUGCUAUUCAGCCAGCAAGCUGGUGGUCCUAGAACAUGGGUGGCUAUCCCACCUCAUGAGAUAAAAGAAUUGCGAAAAGCAAUAAGGGAUAGUGGUAUCUGCUCCCCAUAUUUUAAGCAACUGCUGAAAAGUACCCUGGAAGGACAUACACUCACACCAAAUGACUGUAAAAAUCUCGCUAGCAUAAUUCUCACAGACUCACAAUAUAUGCUGUGGGAACUCAAAUGGAAAAGACUGCUUACAGGGGUACUAGCCGCUUAUAGACAAAGUACUGAUGCAGACCUUCGUACCCUUGUCAUGUCUAAGCUGACUGGUGACCCUCCUGAUGAUCAGAAUGAUAAUCAAGUGAAUUUACCCAAAACAGCAUUAGAUGACAUUAAAAAGAUGGCUCGCAGAGCCUUUUUACAAAUUCAGCCUGCAGGAAGUUUUGAAAAAGCCUAUAAUCUGAUUAGCCAAGAGUUGUCUGAACCAUUUACCACAUUUGUGGACCGGGUAAUCCAAGCAGCAGAAAGGCAAUGCGGUGAUGAUAUAGCUCGCCCAAUAAUGAUACGGGACAUUGUUGAAAAUAAUGCCAAUGCAGAAUGUAAAAGAGUUAUCAAAGCCCUAGGAAAAGAAAAACCCACAGUGCCUGAAAUGAUUGAUGCCUGUAACAAAAUUGGGAGUCCACAGCAAGUGGCAACUAUCCAGGCAAAUGAACUUGGAAAAACUCUAGGAGAAAAAAUUGAAAGGACUCUUACAGCUCAAACAGUGCGAGCAGCUGCACAGGCAGCACAAGCAGAAGCUUUACCUGUAAAUCAACCAAAGACAAAUGUCUGGGUUGCUUUAGCCAAGUCUGCAGGCUCUGAUACCAUCCGUCUAUCUGACACAAGCCCUGACAAACCUUUUUCAACCUGUUUAGUUGGAGUACCUUUCUCAGAAGGUUUUGAUAAUGUUACUUUUGAGAAAUAUUGGCCAUAUGAUGAUCAUCAUGUAUCUCCAACUCCCAGCCAGAAACACCAAACUUAUAUUGAUAAUGCUAAAGUUGAUAAAUCUGACCUUCAAGAGCUAGAAAUCCUAGGCUCAUUAACUAUGGAUACCUGUUACUUCUUUCAUUUCCUAGGAGAAGACGGCCCUCAUUUAAACGUUACCCCUUAUCACCCAGCUUAUAGCAAUAUGACUUCUUGGUGUAAUCAAACUAAGCUUCUUACAUAUGACGAACCUCACGCAGAUCGUUUUAACAAACUUCCAAUUCGAUUCCCUAGAGGAAUCUGGCUCAUCUGUGGAGACAGAGCCUGGCAAGGUAUACCCUCAAAAAUAGAUGGUGGCCCUUGUGCCUUGGGACAACUUACAAUAAUUGCUCCCAGUGUCAAAGAGGUAGUCAAAAAGAAAAGCAGAAAGAUUAGGUCCUCCUGGGGACAUCAAUAUGAAAGCAACUGUGAUAGUGAUUUUCACCCUUGGAACUCUGGAAAAUCAAUUGUUGCAAGCAUUUUUCUACCUCAGUGGGGUUCCUCAGCUGCAUUGACACAAUUAAACAAGUUAGGGUGUUGGCUCAGCAAAGAAGUAAAUGCCACCUCUACUGCAAUCAGUGACUUGUUGACAGAUGAAGAAGCGGUCAGACAUGCCACUUUACAAAACAGAGCUGCCAUUGAUUUUCUUUUACUAGCACAUGGGCAUGGUUGUGAAGAUUUUGAAGGAUUGUGUUGUAUGAACUUAUCUGACCAUUGUUUCCAUUCAUAAACAGCUACAAAACCU